AAGGUGUUACCUUGGCGAAUGAAACUUGCCACUCCGCUGAUGUGAUAUCCAGAUUGGUUACCACAGCGUUGUUCUUAUUAUCAUUUAUUUCACUGGUGCCUCCACAUUUGAUAGAAUUAAACUGAUAACAGCCCAAAAUUGCCUUCCGCAAAAUAAUUUGUUUCCAACAUUUCUAAUUAGUAACUUACUAACACUGGAAUAAUAUAUAUCCCGUGUGGGGUUGUUGGUACCCCCAUCGGGCGCCUUCCCGGGUGGCGGAUAGGGGAAAGCUUCCUAGAUAUAGGUGGUACUCGGGAAAUGAAAUACCCAGGGCGGACCAAAAACCAAUAAGAACAUUAAGACUUUAUCAGUAGCAGUGAUGUACAUCUUCACAACACCAGGGAAAAGUAAAACUACUUUCAGAAAAAAAAAAAAAUUAAAAGUGACAGGUGCAUCAGUGAUUGAUUUGCUUUAACCAACUACCAAGUUCUCGAAGAACGUUGUAUAGGUACAGAUCUUUCGCCAAGUGAGCAGUUGUGUGUGUUUGCUAAAAAUGGAGCAAUUUUAUCAGCAUACUAGACAAUGAGCCUCUAUAUUUUGCUGAAUUAGUUUGGGAUCCAAAGCAAACAAAACAAUGUCACCUGCAGAUCAGAGGUUGUUCAGCUACCUUGCCAUAGUAUCUAGAACAAUAUUGGAGCUGAAAUAUUUGAGGAAGGAUCUAUUACAGUAUGUGUUAUGCAUCAGAGAUGAAAUGGACCAAGGCCAGCUUUUGCAGGACGUGUUAGACAAGCCAGUUCACAUCACAGUGAAUGUGGUUGGGGAGGAUCACCAUCAAAUAAAUCUGCAGUACUGCAAUGGGCACCCACUUGGCACUAUUUUCUGCGAACCUAUCUGUGGGUCAUCUAGAGCAGUGCUCCCCAAACUGUGGGGCGUGAUUCGCAAGAUUUAUUCAGGUAUUACUUUCCAAGAAUUCCUGAUGAACUGCUAUGGAUAAGAAAUCCAUUUCAAGAGGACAACCUUAAAAAGUUAAAACUGUUGGCAUCUGCAGAAGAAUCCCUGAUAGAACAAUCAUGUGAUUCUUCUGUGAAAACUUUAUUUCGAGAAUUAAGCCAAAUCCCAUUUUGAAUCAAAUUAACCCUGUGGCGCAUGAAUUUCACUGCAAUGGACAACUUUUAAUGGUCAAUUCUCUGGUGUUUUCAUUCAGUCAUGAGGCUGCAAAUGCAUGCAGGACACAACACUAGUAGGGAGUGCCCACUGCAGUGACUGUGUGCAUUUGCAGCCUCAGGACUGAUUGAAAAUGCCAAAGAAGCGACCAUCAACAGCUGUCCACUGUAGUGGACGCAAUGCGCCACAGCAUUAAAGGGAGAGUAUAGAGUGCUUGCAAACAUAGCUAUGAAGGAACUAAUGGGAUUCACAACUACUUACUUAUGUGAAUAUGCUUGUUCUACCUUACUUUAAAAAAUAAAAAAAUAUACAAAACAAAUAUAGAAACAAGCUUUGCAUGGAAAACAAUUUACAACUAAAACAAACAAGCUUCA